UACCCAGGGACCAUCCAUCAGUGAUAAAGAGACGCUUUACUAGUGUGCUGAUUGUCUCAGCUCUGUCUCCGCUCUUUGUGUGGUCAUGGAAGGAGUUUACAGGCAUCCAGCCUUCUCCCUCUUUACUAGCUCUCAUGGGAAUUCGAUUUGAGGGCCUCAUUUCUGCUAUCAUUCUCCCCCUCCUGCUCACCAUGGUCCUGUUUUUGGGCCCCCUUUUUCAGCAAGCUUUGGACUGUCCAUGGGGCUUCAUUGAUGGAGUCAAAGUGGCUGUUGACCCCAGCUUCUGGGCACUAUGUAUGAGUGACAUGCGCUGGCUGAGAAAUCAGGUGGUGGCACCUCUAACAGAGGAACUGGUGUUCCGGGCUUGUAUGUUGCCCAUGCUGGUGCCCUGUGCUGGACCUUCCACAGCCAUCUUCACAUGCCCACUUUUCUUUGGUGUGGCUCAUUUUCACCAUGUCAUUGAGCUGCUACGUUUUCGGCAAGGCACAAUCUCAGGAAUUUUUCUCUCUGCAGUGUUCCAGUUUUCAUACACGGCAGUAUUUGGAGCUUACACGGCAUUUAUAUUCCUCAGAACAGGUCACUUGGUAGGCCCUGUGCUGUGUCACUCUUUCUGUAACUACAUGGGUUUCCCUGCUGUGAGUUCAGCUCUGGAGCAUCCACAGCGCCUCACUGUUCUAUCCUUUUACGUGCUGGGCGUUGUGCUCUUCCUCCUCCUCCUCUUUCCCCUGACUGACCCACUGUUCUACGGCUGGCCUACACCUGUCUGCACACUCACCUCUACACUCAACUACCUUUGCUCCUGAUUCCUCACCUUGUUUCUCUUCAGUACCCACGCUCAGAGAGGUCACCAGUGUCUCAGCCUCUUCUAUGUGGUGGGUUUGAUGCAGAUUAUGAGAGCUUGGUUUAAAAAAAAAAGGUAUGAGAACUACAUACCUCGACAUAUGUACUUCAGACCAUCAGAAUCGCAUUUUGAGCAUGAAGCGAGUCAAAUGAAGUCAGCGAUUCAGUCUCUGAAAGAGUUCGAAGAAGACGGGUAUUUAUACAUCGCUGCAUGUCUAUUGUUGUAAUUAAGACAAUAUAUUUGGAUUCAGG